CUACUAUCAUUUAACAGCUAAUCCGCAAUCCACAAGUUUAUGGUCACAAACAAAUCCCCAUCAAUGGAGAUUCCAAAAAACACCAAAACCUUGAAAAUCAUUAUCUUCUUCUUCUUCUUUUCACCAUUAAUUUCUAAAUCAUGCAACCCAAUUGAUAAACAAGCAUUACUUCAUUUCAAGAAGAGAAUAAUCUUUGACCCAUCAAAUCUUUUGCAAUCUUGGACAUCUUCUACGGAUUGCUGCACUUCUUGGGAAGGUAUAGCCUGUGAUUUCUCCGGCCGCGUGGUUAACGUCUCUCGUCCUGGCUUCGUAUCAAGCAAUGGCUUCAUUGAAGAAACAUACAUGACAGGAACAUUAUCUCCAUUUCUUGGAAAUUUGUCCAGUCUUCAAGUUCUUGACUUAAGUAAUCUCAAGAACUUGAAAGGACAAAUUCCUCAAGAACUUGGGAAGUUAUAUAAUCUCGCUUAUCUGUUUCUUGAUUCAAAUAUGCUUACUGGUUCAAUACCAAUCACUUUUAGGUAUUUUUCUAAGCUCCAGAAACUUUACCUUAAUAAUAAUUUUUUAUCUGGUAGUAUUUCUUAUUCUGUUGCCAAAUCUUGGAUUUCUUUGUCAGAAGUUGGUUUGUCAGGAAAUUUGUUUUCUGGAUCAAUUCCAUCUUCAGUUGGGAAAUGGAAAAUGUUAACAAAGUUCGAUUUUCAUGGUAACAACUUUUCUGGGAACAUACCAACAAACAUUGGGAACCUUAAAAGUCUCAGGUUUCUUGAUUUAUCAGAAAACAAGAUAUCAGGAAAGCUUCCGCAAUCCAUUGGUCAACUUUCUGAAUUAGUAGUUUUAUAUCUGAACCAAAACUCUCUUACAGGCAGUAUUCCUUCUUCUAUAUCAGGACUUGUUUCUAUCCAGUUCUGUCGUUUAUCAGAAAACAAGCUGACAGGUUCUUUGCCACCAUCAAUUGGUAAGCUUCCGAAGAUUCAAAGAAUAAUUCUUCAAAACAACAAGCUGACAGGAAAACUCCCUGCAACAAUUGGUCAUUUAACAACACUAACUGAUAUUUUCUUGGCCAAUAACUAUUUCUCAGGCAAAAUUCCGGCCAGCUUCGGUAAUUUGGUCAAUCUUCAAACACUUGAUUUAUCAAGAAAUCAACUUUCUGGUCAAGUCCCACAUCAGCUGGUGAAAUUACAAAGAUUACAAGAUUUAGAUCUGUCAUUUAAUCCUUUGAGACUAGUUCAAAUACCAAACUGGUUUCAAGAAUUGAAACUUUUUCGCCUUAUGUUGGCGAAAACCGGAAUUAAAGGUCGGUUACCAUUUUGGUUAGCUUCAUCAUCUAUAUCUAUACUUGAUCUGUCAAGUAAUGCAUUAUCAGGAAAGUUGCCUCAUUGGAUUGGUAACAUGACUAGCUUGACAUUUCUCAAUUUAUCAAAUAAUGGGUUUUUCUCAUCUAUACCAGUUGAAUUCAAGAAUCUCUCACUUCUAAUGGAUCUUGAUCUUCAUUCAAAUAGGUUUACUGGUAAUCUAAAUGUCAUUUUCUCUAAAGAAGUUGAAGACCCAUUAGGGCAUUAUAAUUCCAUUGAACUUUCCAACAAUAAUUUCAAUGGAAAAAUUGAUGAUGACAUUGGAGAGAGUCCUGCAGUGGGUUCAAUCAGUUCUUUGAUUCUAUCAAAUAACAAAAUUCAAGGUUCAAUACCAAAAUCAAUUGGUAAAAUGAGUGAAUUGAAAGUACUAAAGCUAGAAAAUAAUGGGUUAUCUGGAGAAAUACCAAUGGAGCUUGGAAAUGCAAAGGGAUUGACUACAAUUUUACUUUCAGGAAAUAAACUAAGUGGGGCUAUACCAGAAAAGGUAAUAAACUUGAAGGAGCUAAAAGAGUUUGAUGUUUCUAGUAAUAGAUUGAGUGGAAGAAUUCCUCCACAUAAAGUUAAUAUUCCUGUUUCUGGAUUUAAAAAUAAUCGUGGUUUGUGUGGAGUUCCACUUCCUCCUUGUAAACAUUUUUAGUUUGUAUUUUACUUUCAAAAAAUUUAAAUUUCUUAUUUUUCA